CAGUCCACUCAGCCAAACCUAAAAGUGUAGCUACUAGCUAUAACUUUUACCUUGUCAUCGCAUAUUACAAGUAAAAUAAAAAUAUAAUAAGAGGAAUUUAUAGAAUAUUACAAUACGUUUUGAUUUGAUUUUUUAAACAUAAACUGUCAUCCGAGUUCUAAUGAAGAACUUUUUCGACGAUCGUCGAGUAUUGAUGUAUUUAUUCAAUAGAUAUAAUGUCACAGUUGGUUGAAACUUUUAAUUUCAAUUCUGCCGUAUUGAUGACAGCGUCGGUUCUUGUCGUUGCAUUUGUUUGGACGUACUUGAGAGCAUCCAGUAAAUGGAAAAUGAUCGAUUUGGUUAACGAGAAACAUAGAGUUUUGCUGAUUACAGCACAUCCCGAUGACGAGUGUAUGUUUUUCGGACCUACUAUACAAAAAUUGUCGAAAAUCGACGGUGUACGAUUGUACUUGAUGUGCCUGUCUGUCGGCGAUUACGAAGGUCAAGGUCAAGUCCGCAAAACAGAACUUUACAAAAGUUGUGAGAUUCUCGGAAUAAACGAAGGAAAUAUUGUCCUUUGCAAAAAUAGUCAAUUUUUGGAUGACCCAAAUGCUUAUUGGGAAACAAGCAUUUUAUCUGAUAAGAUUGCUGAACACGUAGAACAAUUAGAUAUUAAUAUCAUAUUAACGUUUGAUAACUACGGUGUGAGCGGUCAUCGUAAUCACGUAUCUAUUUACAUGGCAAUUAUUCAUUUAAUGUGCCACAAUAUGCUUCCAAGUUACUGUCGUUCGUACACGUUAGAUUCAGUUAAUAUAGUUCGCAAGUAUGUUAAAUGUAUCGACCGAUUAUUCAGUAGGACUUCUGAUAUGAAGUAUAUACUAACAGCAGCGGAACAAGAUUGCGUCAACAGAGCAAUGCAAGCUCAUACUUCUCAGUACAUUUGGUUUAGAAAACUUUAUAUGCAAUUUUCCAGGUACAAAAUUAUAAAUACUUAUACCGCUAUUUCGGCUGAAUGUUAAGAUGUAUAAUUUAUAUUUUUUAAAUGUGCAAUAAGUUUAUGACUGUGAUAAUUUAUAGACUUUGUAUGAUUAUGAUUAUUUAAUUGUUUUUUUUAAGUAUAUUUAUUUUAUGUCUUCCAAACAAUGUUUAUUAUUAUAAUUAUAUAAUACCACAACUUUUUAUGUUAACGCUUUUUGUUUUAAUACACUUAAUUGACAGGUUAGGAUUUUUAAUUUUAUUUACAUUCUUAAUUUCUGUAUUCCGUUUUUUUAUGUAUAAAUUAUUAAAUGUUUUUAUUUUAAAAAUUAUAAACAAAACCAAUUGGUUUUAUAAUACACAGAUUAGCAGUGCCAUACACAAGACCAGUAACCAAUUUUAUGUGGGGUACCCACCUCAACGGUCAUAGUUUACCAUCCGCCAGUCCAUAAACUAUAGCAAUAGUACCUAUUUUUACAAUAGACAUCCCACAUAAAAUCUGUAGUCAUUCUUGUGCACAGCAGUCAGCACCGUUUAUCUGUAUAUUUUAAGAUCAAUGAGUAAUGACAAAAAAAUCUUCGUUUUUAAUAAUAUCAUGAAGAACCAUAUAUAUUAUUAAAAAUUGUACAUAAGUAAAAAAAAAAAAUCAAAAUUAAUAUUUGUAAAUAGAGUUUAUGAUUAGAACUCAACUAAAACGUGUUUGUAUGUUUUUGGCGUUACUGACUAAAAUACUUAUAAUAAUAAACCAUUUAUAGAUAGUUAAUAGUAUGUAUAUAAUUUAUAUCUACAAUAAUUGUGUCCUAAUGUUGUUUAACCUUACUAAAUUGGAGAAAUAUGUAUAGACUGAAAUACAGUUACGCAAAUGUGUUUUCAAAUAAACGAGGCUUAAAGAGAA